UGGGAGCAGUGGGCCAACGACGCGCUCUCUUCCACCUCGGUAAGAGCUGAGCGGCACUUCCUGUGCCCCACAUUGCCCUAACACAUUGGUGGCGCCUCUUCCUGUGACUCUGUGUUUCCAUUCUUCGCUUUUUGCUCUGCUUUGGGAACUGCGGGAAGAUGAGCUUCUCACAGAGACUCUCCCGGGCCUCUUGGCAUUUCCCCCUCUGUGCCCCUCAUGUUUCCACCAGCGGGCAGCAGUCGUAGUCUCUCCCUGAGCCGACUCACUUUGGGAACACCAGCACCCGGAAGAGAUCGCACCUCCUGCAGCAGCGUGUCACCACAUCCAGACAGGUGGCAGAUGUGCCAAACCGCCAGUUCUGACUAAGGAAAGACAUCGACGUGGAAGCCAGAGAGCACCUCAGAGGUGCCUGCAAAGAUGGAUGACAGCGCCCCAACCCUUUCGGAAAUCAGAGGGAGGACCCCAGAGCCCGACACUCUGCUGGUGACGCUCAGCAGCCUGGAAGGAGCUAAAGACCACAGCAUCAGCCUCUUUUCUGGGUUCGCGGGACUCCUCGCCAUCCUCUUGUCCCUCGUGGGUUGCUGCAUCCUGUGGAACUGGAAUAAACGGAAGAAGCGACGUGUUCCUUACUUCCGAGUUACCGACAUGCCCUGGCUGACACUGCCUCGACCCAGACAGCGCGCCAAAAAUAUCUAUGAUCUCUUGCCUAGGCAACAAGAAGAGCUGGGGAGACAUCCGUCAAGGAGUCUUCGUGUCUUCAGCACUGAGAGCCUCCUCUCCCGAAGUUCAGACAGCCCUGAACAUGCGCCCUCCCAAGCUGGCAGUGCCCUCCAGGUGCAUAGAGCUUACCUCCAUACUGUGGGGUACACAGUGGGUGUCUAUGACAAUGCCUCGGUACCUCAGAUGUACGGAGACGUCACUUCCUCAGCACCCUAUGUCAACAUCAGAGCUCCCGAAGACUGUCUGAGCAUUUCUUCAGAAGAUUCAAAUGAUUAUGUUAAUGUCCCCAGAGAAAACGAGAUCGCCGAGACCCUGAUUUCUGUCAGUGGUUCCCCUAGAAAUGUUGUUCUUCCAACUGCUCAAGAGUUGGAGUUUACUGAGGAAAGCCAUGAGGGCUGGGAUGAUGCUGGUGACUGGCCCAGUGCAUGGUCUCCCCCAGCGAAGGGCAGUGAUCCACUCAGCGAUGGAGACAGUUCUUCUCAGACCUCACAUGACUAUGUCAACCUGGCAGGGUUGGACCUUGAAGUGAUCCAGGAGCAGGGACCCCGGACAGAUUGUCGGUGUGGUGGAGAUUAUGUGAAUGUCCCACCAGAAGAACCCAAUAGAAGCCAGCAGCAGGCUGAGGAAGAAUUGACAUCCUCAAACACGAACUGUGUAGCAGCCAGGACAGAGAGUGUAGAGACCCACGUCCAGCCUGUCACGAGAAGGUUCCUGCCUCCAGGGGACUAUGUGGCCUUUCAGCCAUUCUCACAGAGUGAAGACAGUCAAAUGAAGCAUGAAGAAGAGGUGUCAAGUGAAGACUCCCAUGACUAUGAGAACGUACUAGUUGCCAGCUUGGGAGGCAGGGACUCUGAGCAGGUGCAUGGCACUCAGCACCUUCCUGAUGAAUGAAGACCUAGUUGCUUGGCUCCAAAGCCACAUGGUGUGGCCCAUUCUGCCACUGCAGAGUCUAGACCCUUGACUGCCUCAGGGUUUCAAUGGAUUCACUUGGUUAGGCUAAGAAAAGGCUGAGAUGAGCAGAGAGCUCUUUGAGGCAAAAGCAGAAGUUUGAGGAAGCCAGAAAGAAAUUCUUCCCAAGCAAAACUACUGUUCUGUCUCAUACUAAUCUAAGAGUGUCUGAUGAAACUGCUAGUUUCUAGGACAGGCUAGUGCCGCGGGACACAGUGGAAAUAUAUAGUAGUCUCAUGUCAUUGCCUUCUCUAAUGCCUGUGAGCUGCAGGGUGAGAGAAAAGGAUUGCACAGGAGCAUUUCUAGGAUGGUGGAGCUGUUCUGUAGAGUACUGUGUGGUGGGUGCACGACUGUGCACUUUGUCAAAACAGAAAGAACUGGACCCUUCAAAGAGAGACUUUCAUUGUAUGCAAAUUUUUAAAAAUUAACCAGACUGCUGGCAGGCCCCUAGAAUGUGACAAGUGAAUCUAAUCAUUUUACAAAUUAUUUCACCCCCAUCGCUAGAGGAGGUGAAGGGAAAAGAUAGGACAUAGGGGGCCAGCAGGUGGUAUGGUGAUUAAGGGCACUGGAUUCCCUCAUAGCCAACUGUGGUUCAAGUCCCAGAACUGACGGUAUGCUUUCUUACUUUCCCUCCCUCUCUCUUGCACU